CGUGGCGAGUACUGUAAUCAAGCGACGGCGUCGCACAACCCCCACACAUAUAAAAAGGGACACCUCGACCCCACACCCCCAGAUCAACCCAACCCGCAACCACCCCCUCCUACUCUCCACGAACGCAAAUGGCACCCCUCCUCCUCACCGUCACCCCCGAGCACGGCUACGCCCUCGGCGUCGCCGCAGCCUCCGCGCUAACGCUCCAAUGGCUCGCCUUCAAAGUCGGCGGCGCGCGCAAGGCCGCCAACGUGCCGUACCCGUACAUGUACGCCGAACGCUCCGAAAUCGACAAGGACGUCGAGAAGGACGUCAAGAAGAACAAAAAGCAUAUCUUUAACUGCACCCAACGCGCCCACCAAAACACCCUGGAAGUGUACCCCGUCUUCCUGGUCCUCUACGCCACCACCGCGCUCACGCAGCCCCUGUACGCCUCCGUCUGCGGCGCCACGUGGGUCGUCUCGCGCGUGCUGUAUGCGACGGGGUACGCGACCGGCGACCCGAAGAAGAGAUUGCGGGGCUCGUUUGGAUACCUCGGGUUGCUUGGCUUGCUGGGUGGGGCGGCGAAGGUUGUCUACGAUCUUGUUGUUUGAACUAUGGGGAUGAAAGAGGGAUGGAACAAAGCGCUUUUGGGGGGCUGUAUUUAUCCAUAGGUUGAGAGGAGCAGGGUGAACGUCGAUGGCGUUUUUGCUGUCUGGUCGCCAAAGGGCGG